UUUAAUUUGGCAAAUACUGUUGCAUACUUGUGUGUAAAACAGCAGGAAGUGGAGAUAAAAAUACCUAUCCAUUAGAUAAUAAUAGCAUAAUACGUGAUCAUAUGACAUCUGAACAAAUUUCUAAUGAGUUCAAUGGAAUAACCGAUUGUGAACUGCUGGAAUUAAUUCAGCAUUUUCCUAAAGAUGCUGAAGAAUUCUUAUUAAGACUAAGAGGCUCACAAGAGAAUAAUUUAACCACUGGGCUAUCGAACGGUCAACACCAGCGACAGAAGAAUGCUGAAAUUAAGACCCAUCAGUUUCUGUCAACUCAUAAUGUUGAAGCACCGUUCAGCGCAUUGACAACAUAUAGAAAUACAUUUUGUCAUCUAACAUCUGAUAACAUUAACAACAGUAAUUACCAUACUAAUAAAUCUUCCAGUUUGGAAAUUUCACAGCCUAUACUUCGAUUCGGUGACAUGCCAGUCUUCACAGAUUCUAUUUUAUAUCCUGGUCAAAGUCGUCGAUUAUUAAGUACAACGCAUGAAACAUUUGUUGAAAAACCGAUUCACUACACUGAACCGGUAAAACCAAUGCCUACAAAUCUUCGUGUUGAAGGUGAACGAGACUUUAUGACUACUAACAGGGCAGUUUAUACUGCUAAGCCAAUCAACGGACAUCCUUUACGCAGACCAAAGAUAUCAAAUAUUUCCAAACCUCGCGCUACUAAACCAUUUUAUGGAGAAACUCAAUUUCAUGCGGACUUUCCACCAGAACGUGCAUGGAGGAAUAGCGUCGAUCCUAUGCAUCCGGUUGUACAACCUUGUCAACCUCCUAAAGCACAAAUUCAACUACACGAGACAAAUGAACGCUAUUUUCAUACCGAACAACGUGAUCAAUUUCAAGGACAUGAUGCUAAGUCCAAUCCAAAGCCAAAGUCAUUUAAACAUGAAGCACCACCUUACACAAGACCAUCAAUAAAACUUGAUUGUUAUUCUGUAACUAAGCUGGACUUUCAGCCUUAUACACCUGAACAAAUUCUUAAUGUAAAUCCAAAGUCAAAUUUUGGCAGAAAAAUAAUCAAGAAUGGCGAAGGUGAUCAACCUGGGAAACUUAAAUCACAAGAAAUGAAAUUGUUGAAAAAAUAUUUACAAGAUCUGAAAUCAGCUAAAGGCCAACAAUUACCAAAAAUGUAG